UACGUCCCUGCUACACGUGACCCUCUCAAGUCUCAAGUCUCAUUCUAUUCUUUUCUUUUUACCCUUUCUCUCUUCCCUCCCUUCACUCAUCAAUAGCCAUAACCAGAUCUCAUCUCACCAUUCAUGAAUCCCCACCUCCAUGUCUCCUCCAUUUCCGUUUUCUACCUUUUCUUCUUCUUCAGCUUCUUCUGCACACCAACAACUUCCCACACGGCUUGCUCAUCCACAAAAACACCAUGCCCUCCAUUCGCUUCCACCCUACCCUUACCGUUCCCAUUCUCCUCUUCCCCAGGCUGCGGCCACCCUUCCUUCCAACUCCGCUGCUCCACCCCCCACUCCUUCAUCUCCAUCAACAACCUAACCUUCUCCAUCCUCACCUACAAACCCAACACUUCCUCCAUUAUCCUCUCCCCUCACAACAACAAUACAUCAUGCCCUUCAACCCACUUCCUCUCCAUUCCCAACCAACCCAUUAACCUCUCCGCCUCUCCUUUCAGAGUCCUAGACGCUUCAUGUGCCCGCCUAUUCUUCCUCCACCCAUGUUCCCCUCCAACAAACUGUAACCGCUGCUCUUGGCAAUGCAACCUCAUCAAAAACCCGAACCUGCUCCUCCCUGACUGCGGAUCCAUGCAUCGCUCAGCUUCGGACUCCGAACCUACCUGCCAAACCGACCCCUUAGGAUAUCUCGACAAGAUGCUAUCUUUCUCCGGGAUCGAACUCCAAUGGGACCAAGCUCAAGACCCUUACUUCACCAGCUGCAAACAAUGCCGAGGCUUCUGCGGAUUCAAUACUUCCGACCCCAACAAGAACUUCAUCUGCUUCCAUUCUGAGUCCACCAUCUCGCCGCCGUGGAUCCCCAAGGGCAAGUUCAUCAAGGCCAACAGAACCGCUGUGUUGACCCUCGCUGUUGCGUUGACCACACUGUUAAUCGUUGUGUCAAUUGUUGCGUUUAUCAAGAGGAAUGCUGGUGCGUGGAAACAGCCAUUCUCAGAGGAAGAUCCAACCGCCGUGUUCCUCCGCAACAACCGCAGCCUCCUCCCUCCGGUAUUCACCUACGAGGAGCUUGAGUCCUCCACGAAUGGAUUUGACCCCAAGCGCAAGAUCGGCGACGGCGGGUUCGGCUCCGUCUACCUCGGCCAACUCCGCGACGGGAGAUUCGUCGCCGUGAAACAUCUCCACCAACACCACAACGCCGCUGCCGGAAAAGCGUUCUCCUCCAAGUCCUUCUGCAACGAGAUCCUCAUCCUCUCUAGCAUAAACCACCCCAACCUCGUGAAGCUCCAUGGCUACUGCAGUGACCCAAAAGGGUUGCUUCUGGUCUACGACUACGUCCCUAACGGCACCCUCGCCGACCAUCUCCAUGGCCGUAAUAACAGAAAACUACAUCUAAAAUGGCAGGUAAGGUUGGAGAUGGCGCUGCAAAUUGCAAUGGCAAUGGAGUACCUUCACUUUGCGGUGAUGCCGCCGGUGGUUCAUAGGGAUAUAACUACUUCCAAUAUCUUUGUGGAGAAGGAUAUGAGGGUGAAGGUCGGUGACUUUGGUCUCUCGAGGCUUCUGGUGUUGCAAGAUAAAACGGCGUCGUCGGCUGGCUCAACGACAACGACCGGGAACAACGGGUGCGUGUGGACGGGGCCGCAAGGUACGCCAGGGUAUUUGGACCCGGACUACCACCGGUCAUUCCGGUUAACCGAGAAGAGUGACGUGUACAGUUUUGGCGUUGUGCUUCUUGAACUGAUUUCGGGGCUGAGGGCGGUGGAUGCAAAGAGGGACAAGAGAGAGAUGGCGCUAGCAGACAUGGUGGUUUCGAGGAUCCAAAUGGGACAGCUUGACGAGGUGGUGGACCCCGUUCUUGCGGCGGAUAAGAAGGCCGUGGGUGACGCUGUUGCGGCCGUGGCGGAGCUGGCGUUCCGAUGCGUGGCGGCGGAGAAGGAUGACCGGCCCGAUUCGAAGGAGGUUGUGCAGGAGCUAAGAAGAGUGAGAGGCCGUGCUGACGUGGCAAGGGAGUGAGUGGGGACUUGUGGUUGUGGGCACAUGUGGAAGGUUUGACUCUUUUGAUGGAAGGUGACCGUUUUUGAAUGGCUAUGAUGAUAUGAACAUUAUUAAAUUAUUAAUUUUAGUUGUUGCCACGUCAUAGUUGGACUCCUAAGUCACACGCACGAGGGUCUUGUUUGACCUUGUUUAAUAUGACGCUUCCAUUGCUUGUGGUAAGUGGUAACAUAUGGGGGAAAAUGUCAGAAUGACUCCGUACGGGUACGGCUAGGGUUUUGGUUUGGGGAUUUAAGAUUUAAACUUGGUAAAGGUUGUUGGAGUUAUUGGACUGAAGAACGAGUGGCACACAUUCACUUCUUAGGCUUAUAUUCAUGGUAAAUAUACUCAUUAGCUUGUACUAAUGUAUAACUCUUGAAAUACUUGUAGAUCAAUCUUCGUUUCUUUCUUGAAUGAAGUAAUGAACUAUAUUUAUAGGAUAA